AUGUUAAAAGAGAAAGAACCCAAUGGGGUUGACAAGCUCUUAGCAUGGUACUCAUGUAGCAUAAUUGCAGUCAGCCCAAACAGCCAUCAAAGGGUUCAUUUCUGGGAUGAUAUUGAGACACUUUAUAAUGGAAAACUUACUAAGAAAAGCAAACUCUACUGGCUUGAGCCAAUGCUUGAUGACCAAUGUGUGAUCCGAGUUGGAGGUCGCCAGCUGAGUGAAUAUAGUGAUCAUAGUGCUAAGCUCAUCCUCCUUCCUAAAGAUCACCCUGUAGCAGCCCUAAUUAUCCAAGACAUACACAUAUUUGUUGCAAGGCACUUAGGAAGGGAACAUACCUUGGACAACUUGAGGAGACAUUACUGGAUAGUGGCAGGUCGACCUUUAAUCGAUCGCAUCCUGAGGAACUGCUUCACUUGUCGCCGGGUUAGUAGCAAACCACUAACACAACGACAGGAUGAAUUGCCUUUGGAAAGAAUAUCAGCUAAUAAUCCACCUUUCACCCACACUGGAGUAGACUGCUUUGGGCCAUUUAAUGUGAUAGCUGUACACCUUGAAUUACUACAUUCCCUUGAUACAGACGAAUUCAUCAACGCCCUCAUGCAAUUCAUAACGAAGCGGGGCACUCCUAAAAAGAUCUUCUCUGACAGAGGAUCUAACUUUCAGAGAGCCAACAAGGACAUCCGUGCUAAAACACGCAGCUGGGCUACAGUUUAUAAGAUGUGCAAAGCGUUACACAGGAGAGACAUCGAGUGCGUUUUCCACCCUCCCAUGGCCUCCCACAUGGGUGGUGUAUGA